GUCCUCGGAUGUGGCCAAGGGGCAGAUGCGACUGCAGUUGCCAGCUCUGGUCCUGGCAGGAAACGCCGGCGUGAGGACGAAGGAGGGGAAGCUGCACGCGGCGGUCGAACUGACCGCGACGGUCGAAGAGUCAGGCGGCAUCAGCAAGGUCUGGUUUCCGAGGGGGCGGAUCGUCUUAGGACGAGAAGCAGGCCAGGCCUCGCGCGCACUUUUGAGACAGCCGGUCGAGCAGCCGUGCGACGUGAGGACGGCAGUUACCGAGCUGAUGCCAGCACUCGUUUGCUUCAGCUUGAACCGCAGUGUCAGACAGGAGCCGCACGCGGUGCGAAGCCUUGACCUGACCGAGGUGCUACGAGCUGAAGGGCACAAUUGGCUCCAUUUGGACAAGAAUUGUCAGUGGGUUGUCCUUCGGUGCGAGAAGUGUGCGUCGCACAGCUUGCGUGGCAUGACGAAGCCCCAGACCCGACAUCUGCCGCGACCGCUUUCGGCUGGCGAUGUGAUCGGCUUGGAUUUGAAGAAGGUGAAACCGCCUGGUCGUGCUGAUGCUUGGAUCAUGAUGAUCGCAUGCGACUUUACUAAUAACAGGGUCUGGGCCUGGGAGCUAGACGAUUCCGAACAGAAGUGGUGUCGGGAGCACCAGAGUAUUCCAGAAAAAUAG